UCAUCAGGUUUUUGUGACUUUAUCAACAGGUUGGAUGGUAAACAAACAUUCUGAUGGCCCCAAAAAGUUUUUAAUGGUGAAUAUUCAAUUACCAUUAUUUCUUGCAGAGGGGUGCACCUUUUUUUUUUCUUCGGAUCUGCUUCAUUUAUUUUUUUUGUUUUUUUGUUUUUUGGGAUCAUGCCCUAAACUGUCAAAACGGAUGGACCGACGUGGAUCACGGUGGGCCCCACAUUCAGGGAUCCACCAAAGCCGCGUCCCCCAAACUCGACCAAUAAACAGUCGCAAGCCCAACAGACCAGUGGCCAAGAUCAAGGAGCCCAUGUAAGAAAAAUGGGAUGCAAGGAAAACGUGGACUCAAUGAAAUGAGGACGUGCACAAUAUCCGUGAACCAUCACUCUGGAAGCAAACAAGAGGGCCCAUGUCUCCAUGAUCUAGGCUGUUGAUCCCCAAACAUCCAUGAAACAUGCCCAAAAAAAACCCUAGAUUGGAAGUUCAUGGCCAUCCAAUAUUUGAACCGUUAUCACCGUUUCUUUUUAACGGUUUAUCUGCAGCCCAUCCAUAAAGGGUAAGCAUUGUCAUCAAGGACCAAUUUUUUGACCCGCAUUCAACCCAUCAGGCCAACAGUCUGGAUCACCGACGAAUGGGCCCUACUUGCCCUACUUUGAGGCUCGUGGAUAAUGGUUUCUUGGCCCUGGUUCGUAUAAUUGGAGAGGAAAAAACCUUUCAAACGCUUUAACAACACUAUGAAGUAUUAUUAGCUAUCUACCGUCGUCUCCAACUUCUCUCGUGUUUUGAGAAGAAAAAAGAAGAAAGAAAAAAUAAAAAAAUAAAUGCUUGAGGAUUCCUAUGAGUUUGGGCUGAUUCUUCCAUGACCUUUUCUCGCUUUCUCCGUGCUUGCGGCAAUUCCAAAUGCAUUCUCAAAGGCAAGACAGUUCAUAGCCAGAUGAUUGCAUCUGGGUUCAUCCCAGAUGUCUAUACCAACAACCAUUUGAUUUCAAUGUAUGUAAAAUACGAGAUCCUCGAUGACGCCCGCCGGGUGCUUGAACAAAUGCCUGAAAGAAAUUUAAUCUCUUGGACACUUCUUGUCUCCGGGUAUGCGAAUAUGGGUCUUGGCAAAGAUGCUCUGGAGUGUUUCAGGUCAUUGCUCGCUGACGGGUUCAGCCCAAAUCAUUUCACCUACGUUGCCGUGCUUUCUGCUUGUGCGGGCAUUGGAGCAGCAAGGACGGGGAAGGAGAUCCACGGAAGGAUUUACAGGUUUGAACAAGAUUUGAACAGUUUUGUCAGGAAUUCUUUGGUUACUGUUUACGCAAAAUGUGGAUUGAUAGGCAGUGCUCAGAUUGUGUUUGAUGGGAUUCCAUGCCCAGAUUUGGUUUCGUGGAGUUCGAUCCUUUCGGGAUAUUAUCAGUUUGGGGAGUAUAAGGAAGCUUUGAGGCUUUUUCUGCAGCUCCGGAGAGCAGGUGUUAAGGGUAAUGAGUUCACCUCCGCGAGUGUUUUGGGUGCAUGUGCGGAUCUUGCGGACCUAAUUGUUGGGAAGCAAGUACAUUGCCAUGUAAUCAAAUGUGGGGUUAGAUUGGACAGGUUUGUCGCGACAGGGAUUGUCAAUUUGUAUGCGAAGUGUGGUGAGUUAGGUGAUGCCCAACGGAUCUUUUUGGAGUUAGAUGAGCCAGGUUUGGCAUCAUGGACUGCACUGGUUGGAGGGUACACUCAACAGGGGGAAGGAAGGAAGGCAAUUGAUCUAUUCCGCAUGUUGCACUUGUCUGCUUUGAAACCAAACAAUCACGUGUUUUCAUCCGUUCUUGCCGCUUGUGCCAAUUCAUUCGCGAUUAAGGAGGGGAAACAACUCCAUUCUUUGAUACUGAAAUCAGGCUUCAAAUUGGUUUCGUUCAUCGGUAAUGCAAUCAUAGAUCUGUAUGCAAAAUGCGGGUUGCUUGAGGAAUCGUCCAAAGUCUUCUAUGAAAUGAUGGAACGAGAUGUUGUAUCUUGGAAUGCACUGUUUGCAGGCCAUGUUCAGCAUGGUCAUUUCGGUGAAGCAAUCGAACUACUGCAUCAGAUGUUGCAUGAAGGCAUGCAGCCGAGUAUUUAUACAUAUUCUAGUAUUUUGAACCUGUGUGGUGAUCUACCAGCCACAGAGUGGGGCAAACAGACCCACUGCAGCAUAAUAAAGCCUGGAUUUGAUACUGAUGUGGUUGUGGGGAGCGCACUCGUUGACAUGUACGCAAAAUGUGGAAGACUAAGUGAUGCACGGAAAGUUUUCAAUAAUCUAAAUAUUAAGAACUUGGUGUCUUGGAAUACCAUGAUCAUAGGAUAUGCCCAACAUGGAAUUGGAAAGGAAGCUUUAGAGAUGUUUGAUGACAUGCAGAGAGGUGGAGCCAAGCCCAAUGAUAUCACGUUUCUUGGAGUCUUAACAGCUUGUGUGCAUGUGGGUCUUGUAAAAGAUGGGCAGCGUUAUUUCAAUUCCAUGAUCAGAGACCACUGCAUAACCCCAGGGAUUGAUCAUUUUGCUUGUAUGGUCAAUCUUUUUGCACGAGUGGGGCAGGUUAGAAGGGCUUACGAGUUCAUAUUGAGUAUGCCUGUUGUGCCAGAUAAGGUCGUGUGGCGUUGUCUCUUGGCCGGCUGUGUAACCCAUAAAAACGUUGAUAUAGGAAGGUGUGCAGCUGAAUGCAUAUUGAAGAUAGAUCCUGAAGAUGUCUCAGCUUAUGUCAUGCUAUCGACCAUAUAUGCAGAUGCUGAGAUGUGGGAUCAGAUGGCAGAAGUCAGGAAAGUUAUGAAGGAGAAGGGUUUGAAGAAAGACCCUGCAUGCAGCUGGAUUGAGGUGAAGAACUGGGUCCACUCUUUCAUCGCUGGAGAUGCGGCUCAUAGUCAUAGAGACAUUAUUCAUGAAACUUUGAAUGGAUUGACGGUUCAGAUUCUGGAUGCUGGAUAUGUGCCUAACACUUUUUUGCUCCAUGAUGGUGAAUAAGAAGAGAUCAUCCCACA